AUGCUCCUUGAUUUGUGUUUUGUUUUCCCUGACAAUUCUAUGGAUUUUGGUAUCUGGGUUGGGGUUAAGUUUUCUUGGGCUGACGAGGCUGCUUUUGCUUGCUUGUCGUGCAUGGAUUAUGUGGAUCCAAAAAGGAAGGGCAAUUUUGUUGGAAAAGUUUUUCUUGCUGCAGCAUUAACGGCAUUAUGCAUUAUCAUGAUCAAGAGAUCUCCAUCUUUGAAUCCCCCUAGUCCGUUUUCCAUUCGUGAACCAGGUGUCACUCAUGUUUUAGUGACAGGAGGUGCAGGCUAUAUUGGCUCACAUGCUACCUUGCGACUUCUGAGGGAAUCCUAUCGUGUCACCAUAGUGGAUAACCUAUCCCGAGGCAAUUUGGGUGCCGUCAGGGUUCUUCAAGAAUUGUUUCCAGAACCUGGAAGGCUUCAAUUUAUAUAUGCUGACUUGGGAGAUAAAGAAUCUGUGAAUAAAAUAUUUUCAGAGAAUAAAUUUGAUGCAGUGAUUCAUUUUGCUGCUGUUGCAUAUGUAGGGGAGAGCACACUUGACCCUCUUAAGUAUUAUCACAAUAUUACAUCAAAUACCUUGUUGGUAUUGGAGUCUAUGGCUAAAUACGGUGUGAAGAAAUUAAUAUAUUCUAGUACAUGUGCAACAUACGGGGAACCUGAAAAGAUGCCUAUUACUGAAGAAACAGAACAGAAACCAAUUAAUCCAUAUGGAAAAGCCAAGAAGAUGUCAGAAGACAUCAUCCUUGAUUUUUCUAAAAGUUCUAAAGUGGCAGUAAUGAUUCUGAGAUACUUCAAUGUGAUUGGAUCAGAUCCAGAGGGCAGAUUAGGCGAGGCUCCAAGACCUGAACUUCGAGAACACGGUCGAAUUUCUGGUGCCUGCUUCGAUGCAGCUCGUGGUAUUACAACCGGCUUAAAGGUUAGAGGAACUGACUAUAAGACACCGGAUGGAACAUGCAUACGUGACUACAUUGAUGUAACCGACUUGGUUGAUGCUCAUGUGAAGGCUCUUGAAAAGGCAAAACUUGGUAAAGUAGGGAUCUAUAAUGUUGGUACUGGAAAGGGUAGAUCAGUGAAGGAGUUUGUGGAUGCAUGCAAAAAGGCCACAGGGGUGAACAUCAAUGUAGAAUUUCUUCCUCGUAGACCUGGUGAUUAUGCAGAGGUGUAUAGUGAUCCUUCUAAGAUCAACUUGGAACUGAAUUGGACUGCACAAUACACUGACCUUGAGAAGAGCUUACAGAUUGCAUGGAAAUGGCAAAAAUCCCAUCGUAAUGGAUAUGACAUUUCAUCUGCAAUCUGA